GCUGGCGGUCCUCUUUACAGCUGUGGCGAAGACGCGUGCGGAAGCCCUCCCUGUUGCCGCCCCACCUAGUGGCCUCAUCCAUUUCUCGCGGGUGGCCCAAUUUAAGGGUUGGGAGUAGUGUCAUCUUUAGGGAUCGCAAAGUGUGGGGGCCCGAUGGCUCAGCUAGGGGGAGGCCCCCGGCUGGUACUGCUGUUCAGCGGGAAGAGGAAAUCCGGGAAGGACUUCGUAACCGAGGCGCUGCAGAGCAGACUCGGAGCUGACGUCUGUGCUGUCCUCCGGCUCUCCAGUCCACUCAAGGAGCAGUAUGCUCAGGAGCACGGCUUGAACUUCCAGAGACUCCUGGAUGCCAGCACCUACAAGGAGGCCUAUCGGAGGGACAUGAUCCUUUGGGGAGAGGAGAAGCGCCAGGCUGACCCAGGCUUCUUCUGCAGGAAGGUUGUGGAGGGCGUCUCGCAGCCGGUCUGGCUGGUGAGUGACACACGGAGGAUGUCUGAUAUCCAGUGGUUCCGGGAGGUCUAUGGGGCUGUGACACAGACAGUCCGCGUGGUGGCCUCGGAGCAGAGCCGACAGCAGCGGGGCUGGGUGUUCACAUCAGGAGUGGAUGAUGGUGAGUCGGAAUGUGGCCUGGACAACUUUGGGGACUUUGAUUGGGUCAUCGAGAACCACGGAGACGAGCAGCACCUGGAGGAGCAGCUGGAGAACCUGGUAGAAUUUGUCCACUCCAGACUUUAGCUGUUAGGCUCUGGGGCACCAGAAGCUGCGGGUUGAGUGAGGAUGGGCUGACUCUGCCCGACAUGUGGUUGCUGAUGCUGGCCUAGGUGGGGAGCAUACAGAGGGUCUGGGUCCAGAUCUGUGGGGGGCCAGCAGAUGUCAGACAAGUCAAGACACCUC